GGCAGACGCGUCGUGGUCACGCUGUGGCACCACCGCGGACUCGCCGCGGGCCAGUCCCCGCCCACGUCCCGCGCACCGCUCGUCUCCGGCGGCAGAGCCCUCUGACAGCAGGCGCACUCAGUCUGGACAUGGCGUCGCGGCGCCGACACGCGACGAGCGCUCACUUCUCCUCCUCCUCCUCCUCCUUCUUCUCCUCCUUCUCCUCCUCCUUCUCCUCUUCCUCGGGAACCUGCCAGGCACGUAGCCGGACGGCGCCGCUCGGCUGUGGUCGCCGCUGACGACGGCGGACGAGACAUGGCGAUGGAGGACGAGGACAACGCCGCCGCCGCCGCCGCCGCCGCCGCGGCCACCGACACCCCGGCGGGCACCACGAAGGCAGGGAGCGGGGCGUGCAUCGACAGGCAGCCGGACACGGCGGUCCGCCAGGCGGGGCUGAGUCAGACUGCAGGUCCGGGGGCUCGCGCUGCGACGGGGAUCCGCGUGCUGAAGCAGCGCAACAUGAAGCGGAAUGGUAGUCGUGGCUGUGUGACAAGAAAGACCAGAUUUGGAUCACGGGAGCGGGACUGGCUGAAGGGGGACACCCAGCGGGGCUGUGUGUGUCUGUAUGGCGGGACAGUGGACCCUCAGCCCCCAGCUUCAGGCCCACAGGCCUCCUCCACCCCACAGACUGACCUGCAGUUGGUGCUUUGCUCCACACGCACCACAGUGGAGGAGCUGUGUGCUCAGAGGGAUGGACAGGGACUCUAUGUUCAGCUUCAUGGAGACUUAAUCAGGAGGCUGGACCCCUCUGAGCGUCCGCUCCAGAUUCUCUACAACUACCUGGCAUCCAUGGGCUACGCAGACCACGUGCGGGUGCAGCAAGAAGCGGCCAACUCAGACCUCAGCUGUUUGAUCCGUUUCUACAGUGAGCAUCCAGUGAAUGCAGACCAGCAAGAGCGCACUCUGCUGAAAGGCGUAUUCAGUGUCAGGAAGGGCAAGACACAACUGCACAAGUGGGCAGAGCGGAAGGUCAUUCUCUGUGGCACCUGUCUCAUAGUGGCCUCGGUGAAAGACAGCCUGACUGGGAAGCUGCACAUCUUACCCCUGGUGGGGGGAAAGGUGGAGGAGGUGAAGCGGAGGCAACACUGUCUGAUGUUUAGCUCAGCCGGAUCACAGGCCCAGACAUACUUUGUCAACUUUGACACACUGGCAGACUACCAACGAUGGCAUCGACAGGCAUCAAAAGUGGUGUCUCAGACAGUGAGCAUGGUGGAUCUGUCCUGCUACAGUCUGGAAGCAGUGCCUGAAUAUCUGUUCUACAGUCAGGACAUCACCCACCUGAACCUUCGACACAACUUCAUGAGCCUACAGGGGCCCGGAGGCCUGCUCAACCUCCCCAGGUUUUCCCAGCUGAAGAGCCUGAACUUGUCUCACAACCGACUGGGUGUGUUCCCAGAGUGUGUGUGUGAGAUCCUCACCCUGACCGAGCUCAACCUCUCCUGCAAUAAUCUCCACAUCGUCCCUGUGCAGAUAGGCAACCUUCAAAGCCUGCAGACGCUGUCCUUGGAUGGAAACCACCUCAGCUCCCUGCCUGAGGAGCUGGGUGGCCUGUCCCAGCUCAACGGCCUGGGGCUCUCCUUCAACAACUUCUCUCACAUCCCCGCUUUGCUGGAGAGACUGAGUGCGGUGGACAAGCUGGCCAUGGCUGGGAACAGGGUGGAGACUCUGGAGUUGUGUACUCUGGCCAGAAUGAGCCACCUGAAAAGCAUCGACCUCCGGCUGAAUGGGCUGCGCUGGGUGAAGAGUGAGAGUCUCGAGGCAGUGAGCCAGGUGACCCAGCUGGACUUACGGGACAACUGCUUGGACACAUUAGACCUGAGCUCCAUCUGCAACCUGGAAACUCUGCACUGCCAGCGCAACCAGCUGGGAACACUAACGCUCAGCGGCUUCACACUGCGCAUGCUUCAUGCCGGCAGCAACCGCCUCACGACAGUCAACAUCUAUCCAGUCCCUAACCAGCUGACACACAUGGAGCUAUCACAGAACCUUUUGGAGUACCUUCCGGACUGGGUGUGUGACUGCAGAAAAAUUGAGAUGCUGGACGUCACACACAACCUCCUGUCUGAGCUUCCUUCCAGACUGCUCAACAGCUUGAGUUUGAGAAAGCUGCUGGCGGGGAACAAUCGUUUGCAGAGAGUGCCUGACCUACUUGACCACGUCCCUCUGGAAGCCCUAGACCUCCAGCACAACAAGCUAGCUGAACUCCCGGAGAGUCUCUUUUACAAAGCCUUAAACCUAAAAUUCUUAAAUGCAUCCGCCAAUGCCCUGGAAAACAUCCCUCCUAGCAGCCAAUCAGAGGAGAGCCUCAGCACACUCCAGGAGCUCUACCUGACGGGGAACAACCUGAAUGAGGACUGUGGUGCUCUGCUGGUUGGACACCAGAACCUGCGGGUCCUUCACAUCGCCUACAACCGACUCCUCUCCUUUCCUGCCAGUAAGUUGAGUAAACUGGAGCUGCUGGAGGAGCUAAACCUAAGUGGCAACAAGCUAAAGACGAUCCCCUCCACUGUGUCCAGCUGUAAGCGACUACACACCCUCAUAGCACACUCCAACCACAUCACUGUCUUCCCAGAGAUCCUCAACCUGCCUGAGAUCAAGCUUGUAGAUCUUAGCUGCAAUGAGCUGACUGAGAUCCAGCUGCCCGACUCGCUGCCUGCUACUCUGCAAGAGCUGGACCUAACAGGCAACAGCAGCCUGAUGUUGGAACACAAAACGCUCAACCUUUUCAGUCACAUCACCACCCUAAAAUUAGACCAGAAAUCUUCCAUGACAGCAGGGGACUCACUGAGUGCCUCCACUCCAUGGAACCAUGGUUACGCAGAAAUGAGCGGCCAAAGAAACAAGUUGUGUGUGUCUCUGCUGACUGUCGACCAGUUCGGAGACGGUGUGGAAGCAUGUUAUGGGAUCUUUGAUGGCGACCGCAAUGAGGAAGUGCCUCGGUUGCUGCAGUGCACCAUGGGAGAUGUGCUGUGUGAGGAGCUUCAGCACUCCAGUAUCGACAAUGUGUACAUGUGCAACACUUUUCUCACCUCACACAGGAAACUGGGUAUGGCUGGCCAGAAACUGGGUGCUUCUGCCUUGCUGUGCUACAUUCACCAUAAGCCUUCAGAUCCAGGAGGCUACCUCAGCCUUACUGUGGCCAACGUGGGCACAUGCCAGGCAGUGCUGUGCCGGGAUGGCCGACCUGUACCUCUCUCUAAGGUCUUCAGCUUGGAGAACUGCACCGAGGAGAUGGAGAGAGUGAAACUAAGUAAAGCCAUCAUCACCGAGGACAACAAAGUGAGUGGAGUGACAUGCUGCUCUCGCCUGCUGGGCUGCUCCUACCUGUCUCCCUGGGUGCUUCCAAAGCCCUGGGUGCACACUGAACCUCUCUGUUCCCAGGAUGAGUUCUUGAUCAUGGGGAAUCGAGCACUGUUCGAAUGGGUCUCGUACCAGGAGGCCGUGUGCACCGUGCAGGUUGUGCGAGAUCCACGUGCUGCUGCCAAGAAGCUGUGUUCGCUCGCUCAGAGUUAUGGCUGCAAGGACAAUAUCGGGGCUGUGGUGGUGUCCCUGCAUAUCGGCGAGGACAGCUGUACCUGCGAGCCACCGGUCUCCACCACUGAACCCCGCGGUCCACCUCCUGCCCCUGUGCCUGUCCCCUUGACCCCAGGCCCCAGUGACCUGGCCACCCUUUCAACCAGCAGCGGUAUUGUCUCUGAGUUCAGCAGUGAGACAUCAGCCUCAGAGGUGGGCAGUGAGGCAGGGUCGACCGCCUCAGAUGAGCACCAAUCAUCUGGCCUUGCAUUCCGCCCCGAGAGACGCUGCAGCCUACACCCUGCCACUACACUGUGUGGGAUCAUGGUGCCCGGCUCAGCUGGCACAGGAGCCAACCCGGGGCUCUUCCAGCGUCAGCCCUCCUGUGCUACGUUCUCGAGUAACCAGUCGGACAAUGGCUUGGACAGUGAUGAUGAAGCUCCACUUGAGGGUGUUAUCUCCAAUGGGAGCAAGUUAGAAGUGGAGGUUGACAUUCACUGCUGUGCUUUCCAACUACGGUCAGGGUCCCAUGAAAGCCGCAAAGACUUUGACCUCGAAAAGCGAAGCUCUGACUAUCCCAAUGGCAAAAUGCGCAGACAGAACAGCGUCGUGGUUUCUGCUACGAACGGCUGCCUGCUGGCUGUAUGUGGGAGAGAGAUUGCUGACCUCAAGAAGUCUCCUUCCACAUCUAGCUUGUUUGGCAAGAAGCUGUCCAACGGCUCUGUAGUAGCUCCCGAGGACAGUCAUAAUCUUAUUGAAGUGGCCCUGGAGGCUCCGAAGAAAAAGUCUGGCUACUUCACUGCCCCGGCGCAGCAGGACCCCGAGGAUCAGCUGAUUGUGCCUCCAAGUCUGGAGCAGGAAGUCAGGGAGCAGUUAAGAGGCCAGAGCCCUCUCGGCUCCUCUGCACCAUCCACAACACUCUCUUUAAAAGACCCCGUGUGGGAUCAUCCACACCCUCCGGCAUUUCCCUCCAACAUGGUUCCAGGUCCAGGCCCAGCCCCUAUUUUACAACAGGAAGUCUACGAUACUGCACUCUAGAGUUGGGGACACAGCCAAGCGGCAUGUGGCUGCAAUUCUGUGAUCGUGCCAUUCCAUGGAGGAAGAAGAGAUAUUUCUCACACGUGGGAUAUUCCAAUUCAAGUUGCCAUUCAGAUCUUUUGCGAGGACAUGACAAACAUAUGGGACCUUAACUAUCAUCAUCAGUGAUGUGGCACCAUUAAGUCAAGGUAACGGACAAAUGGUCUGUGAGUCUCAAAGAAAACGGGGUUGACCAAGUUCCUAGUUCACAACGUGAUGUUGUGAAAAGGAUGGCGGGUUGACCUGACCUGACAUGGGAUACCUCAUGUGUUCAAACAAGUCAGCAACAUUUCCCUUUAUUUGGAAUAUCAAGCAAUCUAGAGGCUGUGAAAGGGACGAUGUUAAGUGAGGUCAAAUCUCCUCUCUGGGGCUCUGUGGUCCAUCAGGUCCUGGAGAGUAGCCCUGCGACUGAAACUUGAAAAAGUGCCUACGAUCCAGCCUAGAGCUCCCCCACGUCCAGGCUGUGUUUCGGGUUUGUGAGUGUUAGUUGAAUUUGGAGGAGGGACAGUGUCUCCAAGAGACCAGCACUGGCAUAGCUUAUGCUCUCCUCCUCUUCCUGUAGCUUACAAAGGAAAAGAGAUAUGUAGACAUGCGUGUGAGGCAUUUUCUACUUAGAAGAUGUAAAGACAAAAUAACUUCAUUUACUUGGCCAAAAAACAUAGUGGUUAUGUUUUAUUUUUAACAAUCCCAGAAAAUAUGUAUAGAAUCUAUAUCUAAGUUUGAUCUAUAUAAGGAUAAUUUAUUCCAUACACACACACGCAUAAUUAGCUUCCAGCUGAUGUAGUGUGCUUGAGCUUCUGACAUAAAAAAUUUAAAAGGUGUUGCUGUUUGGAGCAAUGCAUUUUGAAUAGCUGACAAAUAUAAUAUCAAAGUCAUUCAACUGUACAGAGCCGAUGUUUCAGAUUCAAAAAUUCUUAUCACAGUAUAAUCUGUGCAUGAGCACACAAUCACCUUUUAAGUGACGGGGAAAUAAAAGUUAAAGUUGUAAUUUCAACAACUCAAAACCAUAUCAUAGAAAGACUAACAGAAGAAAGACAAAUAAUUAAAUAAAAUGGGUUAAAUUUGACUAAUACUAAAAGAUAAAUAAAAAAAACAAAUAAACAAUAAACUAAGAUGAAUCAAAAUAAAAGCAUUAGCAUGACAUUAUGUCUGAAAUUAACUUUACCACUCUUGGAUGAGUGGACUCUAAUCCUCAAAAGAUGAGUGUUUAAAUAGUGUCCUUGUUUAAUUUCAGUCAUUUCUACAAAACCAGUCGAGGCACAAAAGUGAAUGACUACUUGUUCUGUCAUGAAAUGAAAGAUAAAUACAGACUUUGAAUCUAUAGGUGAUGAAAUAUCUCCAAUGGUACUAAAAUUGUACAUUCUAGUAUUUAUAUUCACACCUCGGAGGCUGCUACCCUUUGAAAUUUGUAAACAUCCAUCCAUGUCCCUGACGAGUUGACAUUUUUACUUAUCAUCUCAAAUCUUUCUUUUUUUUAACCUUACUGUACCUUUAACACACCAGCAACUCAACCACAGGAUUUUCAGGGUGUGUUAUUUUGUCCCAUUACAAACAGAACUCAAAGUGUUUUGUCUUCAUCUGACAGAGUUUGGGGCCGAUCCUCCAGUUCUAGACGCAAGUGCACAAUGUCGGGAUUAUAGAAGCAAAUUAGACACUUUCUGUAAUUUGAUAUGGCUUCUGUUUUUCUACUCACAUAUAGUGGAUUUAUCCUUAUUCCUGAUCAGGAGGAGACAAACAUUUUUUUAAAGACAUUUUUGGGGAAUUUGAAAGCCUUUAUUGAUGGGACAGCUGUUAGUACGAAAGGGUGAGAGGGCGAGGGGCCUGGGUCGGAAACCGAACCCCGGGCUUUAGUAGGAGGACCUGGGAUUCACCUCACAGGUCAAAACUAUCAAUAAAAAGAUAUUACCAGUGCAACAGCUCUAUUAGUUAGUGUUAUGAGAAAGCACUGAUAUGAUCUGUUUUCUCCAUUUAGUCACAUACAGUGUGUUCCCUGAUGUUUUCUUGAACCGUGUUGGACCAAUCAUAUUCAUCUCUGUUGAAAGUAGGUUGUCGAAAACUCUACUGUUUAAAUUAUCCGUUGAAUAUUAUGCAAACCUCAGUUUGCCCAUUCCCAGACCUCCCCACCGUGUGCCAAAAGAGAAGUCAGCUCCGCUGGCUGGGCUGCUGUGGUCGUGAGAAGGCCAAAGUUGGAUAAUUGCUCAUGUCAAUUGUUACGACAUCAGAUGUAUGUUUUUUUUAGUUUUGCACUCCCAAGUUGGGGGCAGUUGUGGCAGUCCACAGCUGAUGCACACAGGACCCUUCAGUGUUCCCUUUAAGCUCUUGACUAACACUGCUCAGUAUUUUGAAAAGGAGGAGCCCUUUUUUUUCAUCCACUCGUGUUCUGUUUGUGACCGAGGUCUUCGGCUCUGGGGACGUUGUUCAUUAAAGCAAACCCCUCUGUUUUUUUCGUUUUUUUUCUUUUUGCUCCACAGGAAUGAGUGAUAAGUUGCUGAUGAAGCCUUAAUCAAUGUUUGAGUCAGAAUCUUUUGUUGUUAUUUCUCUCGAAAGGAAUCAACACUGUUAAAAGCACUUUGUACAUAAAAAAGAAAUUGUGAUUUUCAUAGUUAAGUAUAUUUGAGUUUAAUAUAUGAGAUAUUGAUCAACUAUAGUGUGCUGGGAUUAUUGUGGCUUCCCUCAGCCCAACAUAUCACCUCUUGUCUAAGAAUACAUAGCCAAUGGAAAUGAUAAUGAUGUAAAGUGACAUGAUAACUAAUUUACCACAGUCACUUCUUUUUUGUUCUUGAUAUGAACAAACAUUUCCCAUUUUAUUACAUAUGUUUUUGUUUUUGCUUCAUCUAAAAAAAAGUGUUGACCCUAUGUUUAAAUGUUCAACAUCAGAACCAUAAACAGCAGUGUUAUUAAUAAAACUAACACUAUCUGCCAACAGUAAUCGGACUCUAUCAAAAAUUAAUUAUUGGGUCGCCUCUUUGCUCAAAAUGAGGACAUACCGGUACGAUUAGCAUUAUUGAUAUCCCGUACUGAUGUCUGGUUAGAACAUUGUGCUAAGUGAUAACUAAUACAUGAAAACAGUUUUUGAAAUCUCUCCUUAAUAAUGUAAUAAUACAUGAUUUAAUGAAAACAGUAGUGUAAGACAAUAAGUUCACAUUUAAGUUCUGUUAGUGUCCUUAUUAUUUAAAAAUUUCAGGCACUUGUUUCAACUGAUGUUUUUCUUUUUUUCUAAAAUGAUUAUUGACUGGAAAUCAUUUAUUUCCCGUCACUUUGUUGAUCAGACGGUUCAGUGUCUGAGAUGCCUAACACCUGGGACUCUAUGUGGUUCUGACUGUUGCCUUUCACUCACACAUGGUACCCGGCAUCUGGACCAAUGGCAGUGAAGCACAGGUGGGGCCCCUGCAGGUGUACCGGCCACAGGAGGAGCUAGAAAAGCUGUUAGACAAUUGAUUGUGAAUAAUAUUAGUGCACAUCUGAAACACGAUGGGACACUGAGCUAUUGAGUGACUUUGGAGAGGAGAGAUUGAACUUUCCUCAAGGUUUCAUACAACAUUGAUGUUGGGAAUUUCCCUCGUACAAAUAUGCAAAGUGUAUAUAAAUAUACGUUAUAUCAGAGUUUCAUUUUUCAUCACCUAAAUCUAUAAAAAAAAAAACUUCAUUUUUUUCAAUGUCUGAAAAUAAAUAUUGACUGAUGUUUGUAUGAUGUAUGUACUUUGAAAUGUGUGUUUAAGUUGCAUUGCUCUUUCGUUACUGCGUGAGUGUGUCUUUCCUUUUGCUUUUGCGGCGUAUGGUUUUAUUAUUCUGGGCCGAGUUUUGCCAAGUCAGGCGUUGACUGUACUGCACAUUUAGUGCUCCUCUAAACCACCUGGGUCAGUUUUUUAUACAGCGGUACGUUCAGUGUUCAUUCAUUCUGUCUGUUUCCUGGUUAACACCAUAUAUUCACCUACUGUCCAAUAUACGUUUCCAACAUGAAACAUAUUUCAUAUAACGAACCAUUAGGAUACUUAUCAGUGUGCAUGUACAUAUGCCAACUGUGUGCGUACAGUAGACACAGGAAGAGGGAGCACAGGGUUCUGUGCAUUGAAUUAAAAUAUUCCCUUUAAUUCUUGAGGUGGUCCAGUAGUAUAAUGCCCACAACCCCCUUCCUGCACCAAAAUGGAGGGUAUGUGCUUUUGAGUAGGCUACAUCGUCUGUCUGUUUUUUUUAACUGCUGGUCAUUUAAUAACUGUAAAGGAUAAUUUCCUCUCUGCACAACUUAACAAGCUCCGACUACCGUAUGUCACAAAAUGUCUUUGUGUGUGUGUGUGUGUGUGUGUGUUUGUGUCAAAUGAAGCUUAAGUGCACACGUACAGUAAGUGUAUGCAUGCUCGUGUGAACAUUGGAUUGACUCUAAUUCUGCGUGAAUAUAUGGUGAAUGAAUCCGAUUGAAGAUGCUCCGGUUGUGUUAAUGUGUGACCAAAGUAGCCAUUGUUUAAUUUCACGGUUUCACUUCUGUACAUUAUUUUCUAGAAAUGCUUGAAUAUUUUUUUCACAAUACCAAGAAGCCGAUGUUUAUUUUUGUACCUCAUUGUUUCGCGGAGAAUCUAUAUUUCCCACUCCACUGCAGAAUUUGAACUGACUGGGAUUCUAUGGAAAAUUGUCUCUCAUCAUGGUACUUUAUUUGAAGGUACUCAUUAUAACUGUAUUAACUGUUGGAAGCAUGCCCUAAAUAUAAGUCAACAUACAAGAAUGAAUACAAAUGUGAUUUAUUUGUACUAAUUGGAGCAUAUCUCAUAUUUUCGGGUUUGUACUGCUAAAAUUAGGGACUCUGUUUAAUGAUUACCAGAUUUAUUAUUGAGGAGAAGGACUAACAAUGCACACUUUUACUGUUUGUCAGACAGAACUGUACUCCCUUGAACCUUGAGAGUGGAAGGUAGACGUGAUAUUAUUUGAAAUGCUGCUAUCUUUAGUUUUGAGCAGACAAGCUGUUUUUAAAUUAACUUUAAGCCAAGUAGCAAUAAAACUUUUUACUGUGAUUUUUUUUGUCCAGUGUCCAUUUUGCUCACCAUUUCAUGAUGAUUUCAUGCCAAUAAAUAUGAUCAAGUUACUGUUUUUGGUCAGUAUAACAUUUU